CCUCAGUGUGUGAACAAGCUUUGCCUCUGAAGGAUCUCUCCCAAGCCGCAGUCCUCCACAGCCACAGCUGGAAACCUGUCGCUGGAGAGCCAAAGAGACAGUCCCUCCAGUUUAAUGAAACCUUGUGCAUGGAAUAACUGAAGAGGGGACUGGGGACUACUUUUCUUUCACACAGUUUUUCAUAAGACAUCACUCAGGGAUAAUCUUUUGUGGAUACUGCUGGAUACUCUUUUUUGUAGGAUUCGGAUACUCUCUUUUUCUGGAAUAAGUGCCUCACAAUAGAAAGAAGAAAGGAAUGAAAAGGAUUUCUUUGUAAGAGGACCUACUUUGCAUGUAUGGGUGUUAGUCUUUGAUCCUGUCAGAGUGGGACGUGUCUAGCGGGGGGACUGAGGAGGCGGCGGUGCCAACUUUGGAAUAUGGUGCCUAAUAUUCACCUGGCAGGGCCCCUCCUGCCCAAGAGGAGGUUCUUGUUCCUGCUUCUACUCAGCUGCAUGGCAUUCUCCUCUCUGGCAGACAGCUUGCCAAGUUUUGUCAAAUCCCCCGAGGACCAGACGGGCAUCUCGGGUGGAGUCGCUUCGUUUGUGUGCCAGGCCACGGGGGAGCCCAAGCCGAGAAUUACCUGGAUGAAAAAAGGCAAAAAAGUCAGCUCCCAGCGCUUUGAGGUGAUUGAGUUUGAUGAUGGCUCGGGCUCUGUACUGCGGAUCCAGCCGCUGCGCACCCACAGAGAUGAAGCCAUUUACGAGUGCACAGCCACUAACAGUGCUGGCGAGAUCAACACCAGCGCCAAGCUCACAGUACUGGAAGAGAACCAGAUCCCUCAUGGCUUUCCCACCAUCGACAUGGGUCCUCAGCUGAAAGUGGUGGAGAAGACCAGGAUUGCCACGAUGCUGUGUGCCGCCAGCGGGAACCCAGACCCGGAGAUCUCGUGGUUCAAGGACAUGCUUCCCGUGGACAUCAGCAGCAGCAACGGCCGCAUCAAGCAGCUUCGCUCAGGAGCUCUGCAAAUUGAGAACAGCAUGGAGUCGGACCAGGGGAAAUACGAAUGCGUUGCCACGAACAGCGCUGGAACCCGCUACUCUGCUCCUGCCAAUCUCUACGUCCGAGUACGGAGAGUUCCUCCCAGAUUCUCCAUUCCACCCACCAAUCAAGAGGUGAUGCCGGGCGGCAGCGUCAACCUGACCUGCGUGGCGGUGGGCUCGCCCAUGCCCUACGUGAAGUGGAUGACGGGCUCGGUGGAGCUGACCAAGGAGGAAGAGAUGCCGAUGGGACGCAACGUGCUGGAGGUCACCAACAUCCGCGCCUCCACCAACUACACCUGCGUGGCCAUCUCUCCUCUGGGCAUGAUCGAGGCCACGGCGCAGGUCACCGUCAAAGCCUUACCCAAGCCCCCCACCUCGCUCAUCGUCACCGAGACCACGGCCACCAGCGUGACGCUAACGUGGGACUCCGGAAACCCAGAACCCGUCUCCUACUACAUGAUCCAAUACAGAGCAAAGUCUUCAGAUAACGGCUUCCAGGAGGUGGAGGGCGUGGCGACCACGCGCUACAGCAUCGGCGGCCUCAGUCCGUACUCCGAGUACGAGUUCCGCGUCAUGGCCGUCAACAACAUCGGCCGUGGGCCCCCCAGCGACAACGUGGAGACGCGGACGGGAGAGCAGGCGCCCUCGUCGCCGCCUCUGCACGUCCAGGCGCGGAUGCUGAGCGCCAGCACGAUGCUGGUGCAGUGGGCGCCGCCCGAGGAGCCCAACGGACAGAUCCGGGGUUACCGGGUGUACUACAGCUCCGACAUGACGGCUCCGCUCAGCGCCUGGCAGAAACACAACACGGACGACAGCAGCCUGACGACCAUCUCCGGGCUGACUCCAGACAUGACCUACAGCCUCCGGGUGCUCGGCUUCACCUCCGUGGGCGACGGACCACCCUCCGACAUCCUGCAAGUCAAAACACAACAGGGAGUUCCUGCUCAACCGUCCAGCUUCGAGGCUGAAGCUGAGCUGGACACCCGCAUCAGACUAACGUGGUUGUGGCCCGUACAAGACCCCAUAACCGAGUACGAGCUGAUGCACUGGGAGGACGGCACAGACAACAAGAUCCGUGUGAAGUUCAGCCCAGCGGGCUCCUAUGCCGUGGAUGGUUUAAAGCCCGACACCUUGUACUACUUUUCCCUGGCAGCCCGCUCUGAAAUGGGCUUAGGCGUGUACACCCAGCCCAUCGAGGCCCGCACCGCUCAGUCCACCCCGUCCGCGCCCCCUCAGGACGUGCAGCUCGUCAGCCUGAGCUCCACCAGCCUCAAGGUGAGUUGGGUGGCGCCGCCGGCCGCCAGCCGCCACGGCGUCAUAGUGCGCUACACGGUCAGCUACCAGGCCCUUUCCGGGGAGGACACGGAGCGGCAGGACGUGACGCACAUCGACGCAGACGCCACCAGCUACGUGCUGGAGGGCCUGGAGAAGUGGACUGAGUAUCAGGUGUGGGUGAGGGCCCACACCGAUGUGGGCCCCGGACCUGAGAGCGCGGCGGUGAGGAUGAGAACCAAAGAGGACGUGCCGGGAGCCCCCCCAAGGAAGCUGGAGGUCGAGGCCAUAAAUUCCACCGCCAUCCGGGUCACCUGGAAGCCGCCCCUGCAGGUGAAGCAGCACGGCCAGAUCCGAGGCUACCAAGUCAUCUUCUCCCGGCUGGAGAACGGCGAGCCGCGAGGCCAGCCCAGCAUUAUGGACAUCGCUUUACCGGAGGCACAGGAGACCAUCAUCGGCGGCCUGCAGUCUGAAACCACCUACUCCGUCACCGUGGCCGCCUACACCACCAAGGGGGACGGAGCUCGCAGCAAAGCUAAAGUCAUCACCACGACUGGAGCAGUGCCCGGCAGGCCUACGAUGAUCAUCAGCACCACCCUGGACAAGACGGCGUUGAUCCAGUGGCAGCCGCCCAAGGAAAUGGUGGGUGAGCUGAUGGGCUACCAGCUGCAGUACAAACGCACCGACGAGGAAACCUUCACGUCACGCGAGCUCCGGAAAACCGACGACCACUACACGGUCACGGGCCUGCACAAGGGCACCACGUACGUCUUCCGCCUCAGCGCCCGCAACCGCGCCGGGAUAGGAGAGGCCUACGUGAAGGAGAUCAGCACCCCGGAAGGCCUGCCCACGGGGUUCCCCAUGAACCUGCAGGUCACGGGGCUGACGCAGGCCAGCACCCAGCUCACCUGGGAGCCCCCGCUGCUGGCGGAGAGGAACGGCAAGAUCGUCUACUACCUGGUGGUGUACAGGGACAUAAACAGCCAGCAAAACAGCACCAACCGCACGUCCGACACCCACAUGACCAUCCAGGGCCUCAACCCCGACACCACUUACGACAUCCGCGUCCAGGCGUACACGGGGAAGGGCGGGGGGCCCCUCAGCCCCAGCAUCCAGAGCAGAACCAUGUCAAACGAUUUCCCGACCCUUAACUUUGGUGUCAAAGCUGUCACUAAGACGUCCGUCCUCCUUACCUGGGAUUUGCCCCCAAACUACAAAUCUCAGGUUCCUUUUAAGAUCUUAUAUAACCAGCAAAGUGUGGAAGUGCAGGGAAACCUGAAGAGGAAACUGAUCAAUCAGUUGCAGGCGGACACGGAAUACUCGUUUGUACUGACGAGCAGAGGCAACAUCGCCGGGGGUCUGCAGCAGCAGGUGUCCGUCCGCACAGCCCCCGACCUGAUCAAAACCAAGCCCAUCAUGCACUCGGCUCAAAGUGGCAAGAUGACCAUCAGCCUGCCCAAAGCCCAGACCACCAGCCGUGUCAGGUGGUACUACAUCGUAGUGGUGCCGGAUUCCAAGGCGACGCAGAACUGGAAAAAUCCAGACGAGAUGGACCUGGACGAGCUGCUCAGGUCGAGUGAAGGUCCCGCCCUGAGACGCAGACGUCACCUGGACUCCUCUAAGCCGUACAUCGCAGCCAAGCUGGAUUCCCUACCAGCCUCCUUCACGCUGGGCGACGAGAAGAGCUACAACGGCUUCUACAACAAGCCCUUGACCGGUCAGCAGGAGUACUACUGCUUCGUCCUGGCGGUGCUUCAAGACGAGGGCACAGACGGCGCUUCUAAUUACAUGACAUUUUCCGCCAGUCCCUACUCCGACCCGAUCCGGGUCACGGCAAACUCUCGGGGAAUGGAGCAGCCUGAAAUGUUGUGGGUCAUGGGCCCGGUGCUGGCGGUGGUCCUCAUCAUCAUCAUCGUCAUCGCCAUCCUCCUCUUUAAGAAGAAGCGGGCAUCCCCGUUGCCGAAGGACGAGCAGUCCGGUGGCGUCAAAGACUCCCUGCUGCCCAACUCCUCCGACCCCGUGGAGCUGAGAAGACUCAACUACCAGACUCCAGGAAUGAGGGAGCACCCACCCAUUCCUGUCAUUGACUUGGCCGACCACAUAGAGCGACUUAAGGCCAACGACGGCCUCCGCUUCUCCCAGGAGUAUGAGUCUAUUGAUCCUGGCCAGCAGUUUACCUGGGAAAACUCCAACAUGGAAGUCAACAAGCCAAAGAACCGCUAUGCAAACGUCAUCGCCUACGACCACUCCAGAGUCGUGCUCACCUCUGUCGACGCCGUUCCAGGCAGUGACUACAUCAAUGCCAACUACAUCGACGGCUACAGGAAGCAGAAUGCCUACAUCGCUACUCAGGGACCUCUACCAGAGACGCUGAGCGACUUCUGGAGGAUGGUGUGGGAGCAGAGAUCCAGCACAAUCGUAAUGAUGACCAGGCUGGAGGAGAAGUCACGGGUGAAGUGUGACCAGUAUUGGCCAUCACGAGGAACAGAGACCUACGGGAUGAUUCAGGUCACCAUGUUGGACACCGUGGAGUUGGCCACUUACAGCGUCCGCACAUUCGCCCUCUACAAGAACGGCUCCAGUGAAAAGAGGGAGGUGAGACAGUUCCAGUUCAUGGCCUGGCCGGACCACGGCGUGCCCGAGUAUCCCACACCCAUCCUCGCCUUCCUGCGGCGGGUAAAGGCCUGCAACCCCCUUGAUGCCGGGCCCAUGGUGGUCCACUGCAGUGCGGGUGUCGGCAGGACCGGCUGCUUCAUUGUGAUAGACGCCAUGUUGGAGCGCAUGAAGCACGAGAAGUCUGUGGACAUCUACGGCCACGUGACGUGCAUGCGGGCCCAGAGGAACUACAUGGUGCAGACGGAGGACCAGUACAUCUUCAUCCAUGAAGCCCUGCUGGAGGCGGCCACCUGCGGCAACACCGAGGUGGCGGCGCGCAACCUGUACGCCCACAUCCAGAAGCUCACGCAGCCCCCGCCCGGAGAGACCGUCACCGCCAUGGAGCUGGAGUUCAAGAGACUGGCCAACUCCAAAGCCCACACGUCACGCUUCAUCAGCGCCAACUUGCCCUGCAACAAGUUCAAGAACCGGCUGGUCAACAUCAUGCCCUUUGAGUCCACUCGUGUCUGCCUGCAGCCCAUCCGUGGCGUCGAGGGCUCCGACUACAUCAACGCCAGCUGUAUCGAUGGCUACAGACAGCAGAAAGCGUACCUGGCCACACAAGGACCCCUGGCCGAGACCACUGAGGACUUCUGGAGGAUGCUGUGGGAGCACAACUCCACCAUCGUCGUCAUGCUCACCAAGCUACGAGAGAUGGGCCGGGAGAAGUGCCAUCAGUACUGGCCAGCAGAGCGUUCAGCCAGGUACCAGUACUUUGUGGUGGAUCCGAUGGCUGAAUACAGCAUGCCUCAGUACAUUCUCAGAGAGUUUAAAGUCACAGAUGCCAGGGAUGGACAAUCCAGAACAAUCCGCCAGUUCCAGUUCACCGACUGGCCUGAGCAAGGAGUGCCAAAAACCGGAGAGGGAUUCAUUGAUUUCAUUGGACAAGUGCACAAAACGAAGGAGCAGUUCGGACAGGACGGACCAAUCACUGUACAUUGCAGUGCCGGCGUAGGCCGGACUGGAGUCUUCAUCACCCUCAGCAUCGUGCUGGAGAGGAUGCGGUACGAAGGCGUGGUCGACCUCUUCCAGACCGUGAAGACGCUCCGCACCCAGCGGCCCGCCAUGGUGCAGACCGAGGACCAGUAUCAGCUGUGCUACCGCGCCGCGCUGGAGUACCUGGGGAGCUUUGACCACUAUGCAACGUAACCUCUCCCAUCGAGCAGCUUCAUCGGUCAGACCUCUCAGGAGUGUGCCAAGUGUCCCGCAUCAAUCACCAUCCGCUCACUUGACCCCCUAAAAACCUGACCUCCUCGCAGCUACCGGAGGAGAGGACACAAAGGGACAAGCUUUCAAACCCAUCGAAGGUUUAACCAAUCACAGAGAUAUACCCAAGUUAACCAACCACCUGAGAUUUUUUGCUUUAAAGAGAAUCGCAGAAACAUUGCAGUGACGAUGACGAACAUGAAAACUCUUGUACAGAUCCGACAGCGCAGACCGGCGCCGCUCGCCGCUCGCCUCUCUGCUCCGUCGAAACUUAACUUCCCUGACUGUCAAAGGCUACUGGUAGCACUAAGAGAGCAUUAUCUCUGUUUUCUCCUCUUUUUUUUUGUUAAUUUUAUUGUCACUAUUAUGAUUCAUUAUGUCAAAUUUUAUUGUUUAGUAUACUUUUCAUGUUGCUUUUAAUAAUCAUUGUAAUAUCAGACAUUUCUUCUGUCUUAAACCGCCCAGGCAGCCUUGGGCGUGCAUUAUUUCAUAAUCAUUUUUAGGGUACUUUAGCACACAGAACAUGUAUUUUUAACAUGUUCCUAGAUACUAAUACUGGAGGACCACUGUUCUCUGAGCUGCUGUCAGAUUUCUUUUGUCAUAUGAUAUUUUUUUAUUCAUUUUAUGUUGUUAUAAAAGUUGUUUUCUGGUCAUAGUCAGUUCAAUAACGCAAAAUUGCCUUUUUCACUUGCCGUUACCAAGUUUUAAGAGAAAUUCACCUUUUGAGGAAAAAAUUGAUUUCAGAGCACAAACUCGCCACAGAUGUCCAUUUGUUAACAUGGUAGCUAGCUGAAACGCCAGUAAACGACCUAACGAGAGACAAAAUCAGAGGUGCACAGAUGAUUGGAAGCACAUUCAUUCUGGUUUUUUACUUUUUGUUGGGUUUUUUUUUUUUUUUUGUUUUUUUUAUUAUUCUUUGUUUUGGUUUUCAUCAGAAGCCUAUGGCAUUGAGGCCUUCAUACUCCACAGCGGAGAAUUUAACCUAAAGAAAACAGACUUUUAUACCCAAAGGGUAGGCGGCAGAAAAUAAAACUCCGGAUCUCUGAAUAAAGAGGCUCUUCAAGUCCCUCCCAUAUCCUUGCCUGCUAUUAGCCCUGGUGGGUUUGCUGGAGUGGGACCCACCGGAAAACGACGGAGACGAGGGGAAGUGGUUCACGUGGGCUGCGGAGCAGAGCCAUCAGCGUCAGUACCUGUACAGAAUCAACCAUUCCUGCCAGAGGGACAGAGACUCAGCCCUUUGGACAUAAACCUGAUAUUAUUUUAUACAGAAAUAAAACUAUAAAUAUAUAUAUAUAUAUAUAAUUAAUGACUGAUUAUAUAUAUGUACGAUUACAUAUAGAUAUAUGCACAGCUUCAAAAAUAUAUUAUUAAAAGGAUUCUUUCUGCUGAUCUACCUAGAGACACUGCAGAAAGCCUGCUGUUCUAGAUUGUGUAUUAAUGGAAACGCCAUCGUAUCUACUGUACUACCAUAGUAACUUCAACAGCUGGUCAUCUGUCUGAACGAGGAGAAACAGCACAACCCUCCCCCGCCCCAUCCGUCAUAACGGACGACUCUUUUACUCGGCAAGCACACACCUACCUGCUCGCACACGAACCGCAGGAAAGGGGAGCAUCCAGUUUCGGGAGGCCAAAGCAAAGGUAGAGGUGGUGCUGGUGGAGGUGGGAGGAAGGGAAAAGGAGGAAAGGGGGGACUUGAAAAUGCUGGCAAAAGGAAAAAAAAGACAAAAAAACAACUACAAAGAAAAAAAAAAUCAAAAGAAAAUGUUCAUUUUUACCUUGUGAAUGCGUAGUGCUGUAGGGGUUCAAUCUGUUGUACACACAGUCUGUUUUCUAUUUGUUGAUAAAGAACUGGAAUUUAAAAAGAACCUGUUGAUGCAAAAGAAAAACAUUGAUGUUAAUAAAGUUAAAUAAUUGGGUUUUUGUACAAA